UUUAUGGAUGAGGAGGCCGAGGGGGGCGAGAGACGCUCAGUUUGCUGAGGUCAACAAAGUGAACCUGCUAAUAUAAAGACCGGAGCUGCAGAGGCGGUGAAACCUGAACGAGGCUGAGAAAAGGUGAAACUACAGCUGUCAAUCAAACCGGAUGUGACCACGCUCUCUAAGGAGUUUAAGGUGUCAGAGUUGAGCAGCUCAGGCUGCUCAGUGCGCAGAGGAAACACUCCUCUUUUCAAAAUAAGAGCCUCCUCUUCCUCACUGCGGAUUCCUCUGACAGCAGAGACUUUUAUUUUGGAGGAAUCAUUCCUCUGUCGUGUUUUCCUGCCUGAGCUUCACGCACCAACGUUAGGAGGCAGAUCCACGCGUCACACUCCAUCAGUGGUGUGUGUCACUACAUGAAGGAGACACACACACACACACAUGCAGAGAUGAAUGAUGUGACUUUUAGCCGUGCGUAAUUUGCGCGUUUUGGACAGCUGAGCGCGCGGGAAAGGAAGGCACCGCAGCACAUGUGAUGGUUUGACUCUCGUGGGACUUGUGAUGCUGCUGGACUGAGUCCAAGGAUGCUGCUGCUGGUCUGGCUGCCGGAGUGCCUCUGUGCAAACAGGAGCUGCGCCCUCCUCAGCUGCUGAGGCUCGGACCAGGCGUGUGUGCGCGUGGACGACCUCAUGGAUCACUCCUGGGACAUUUAGGAAUCCGGGACAGUGAGAGCCGGACUGUGUCUCCUCCACGAGCUGCACCAUGGGGAACAGCUUCACUAACCUGGGUGCCUUCCAGUCUUUGCACAUAGUCAUGCUGGGUCUGGACUCUGCGGGUAAAACCACCGUGCUGUACCGGCUCAAAUUUAACGAGUUCGUCAACACGGUGCCAACCAUCGGGUUCAACACGGAGAGGAUCCGGCUGGGGGGCGCGGGGGCCUCCAGGGGCAUCAGCUGCCACUUCUGGGACGUGGGGGGUCAGGAGAAGCUGCGGCCCCUGUGGAAGCCUUACAGCCGCUGCACGGACGGGAUCGUGUACGUGGUGGACUCUGUGGACGCAGAGAGGCUGGAGGAGGCCCGCACCGAGCUGCACAAGAUCACGCGCUUCUCAGAGAACCAGGGGACCCCCCUGCUGGUCAUCGCGAACAAGCAGGACCUGCCGCGCGCGCUGGACGUGGGGGAGAUCGAGAGGCAGCUGGCCCUGUCCGAGCUGAGUCCCUCCACCCAGUACCACGUCCAGCCGGCCUGCGCCAUCAUCGGAGAGGGUCUGCAUGAGGGGAUGGACAAGCUGUAUGAGAUGAUCCUGAAGAGGAGGAAGUCCCUGAAGCAGAAGAAGAAGAGACAGUGAUGAAGACUUCUCUCUCUCUAUAUAUAUAACUGAACUGAUUCAUGCCUCCUCCUCCUCCUCACAUAUAUAUAUACAUAUAUCUAUAUUUAUAGCUGCUAUGAGAUAAAAACAGAGUCUAUAUGAAUGUUAGAGGGACAUCAGGAAGGUAAACCGGCUUCAUUUACAAACUGUCUGCAGAGAACCUCAGAGAUAUAUAAACAUGGCAGUCACUGAACGUCAUAUUAAUGCUGAAUCUAUGAUCCCAGUAUUGAUCCGGGCUCUUUAAAUCCCCUCAGAGAGUCCCUGGUGUCGGAGGAUUCAUCAGACUGUUUUAUAGAGAUGUGUUUUUUAAGGAUCUCCUGGCAGAGCUCCGUGUUGCUGCGUGUUGUUGUGCUGUGCACAGGCUGUGAGACGAUGUUAGACCAAAGAUGAUUCCCCUGAGAGGACGAACCCAUCUCCAUCCUUCCUUAUGGUUUGAUUUUUAUAACCCUCUCUGUUCUUUAGGAUUGUUUGUCAGAUUUAGAAUAUGUUUGGUGUAGAGAAGUGAUUUUAGAAAGGAGAUAUAGACUGUUUCUGAGCUCCAGAGGAUCCAUGUGAUGACACCUCGUCUAGAAGCUGUGCCUGAGGUGUGCUCAGCUCUGUGAACGACUGAUUCUCUCCCUCGGUUUGACUGUUACACCUCCACCUACGAGUGUUUAUGUAGCUUUUCCUUUUAAGCCUCAAAUCUGUGUCACCAAGUUUGAAGAAACAAGUAGCCGCUAAGAGAGCUCACUUUGUUGUUUCCUCUGGUGGUCGCAGAGAUCUCAAGAUGUAGCAACAAGCAUGAGGAGAUUAGAGACGUUAGAAAGAGAAUUAUAGUUUGAUUUAAAGCUCUUUUCCUUCUUUAGCACUUCUGUUUUCAGCACAGAGACAUUCAUGAUUAGACUUUAAACAUGACCCGAAAUGAGAGAACACACAGUCGUCUGCGUAGAGUGAUAAGUCAGCAUCCUUCAGGUCUACGAGAUAAAUACUGGUGUUGGUAGUUGUUGAGAAACGUUUCCUCUGAUCGAUAAAACUGAAGAUGUCCUUGUGAGGGAAGUUAGUUUAGUCGUGGAGACACUCGAGCUCCUGCAGAGAAGUUCAGAAGAAGUGGUCAUAGCCGACGGGACUGUUGAAUGUUGUUCUUGGACUGUUGAUUUCCGCCGCGCUCACGUCACAGGAGAAGAAGAAACGGUUCGAAGAUACUCGCUGCAGCUUGACGUCUAUAGAUAACAACAACACUUCCUGGAUGUGAAAUAAUAACCUGCAGCAUGUUCCUUCCUUUUAAAGAACUGAUUUUAAAAAUCACUCAACAUCUCAAAAAAUCCUGCACACAUAUAACGACCACAAGGGGGCAGACUUAUCUGUGGUUUGGGUUUAAUAUCUCCGACAUGUGGCCGUGUUCGUCUUUGCAUGACGGCCUCUGCAUCACACAAUGUAACUCAAACAGUUCAGUGUUAGCGCCAAGAUACAGCACGACCAAACCAUGUACCAAAACAGGAAGAAGAAGAAGAAGUAUUUUUGGGAUUAAACUCUUUGUAACUGA